CAGGUCAAUAGCCGGUCUUGUUAAGUAGUUCGUGACCGCAUGCACAGUGGAGACUGCACGACAGUAGAAACAGGGAUUUCGAUAUACCAUUCCCGACGGCAAGCAUCAUGUCUGUGGAUGAGGUUCAACAAACAAUUCCAGCCAGAGUGAAGCAAUGGUCAGUGACCCAUCCAGACAAGGAAGUGUUUAUCUUCUAUAGUGAUGAAGGAAGGCGUGAUCUCACCUGUAAAGAUGUACACAACCUCUCCACAAAGUUUGCUGCACUUCUUCAGCGUCGGGGGUUGAAACAAGGAGAUGUGGUCUGUAAUACUCUCACCAACUCUCCCGAACGUCUUAUCACUGAUUUUGGCAUCAUGACUGCUGGCUGUGUUGCUGCUAAUGCCCAGGCACUGCUGGCGGACGGUACUGAUCUGUUGCAUGUGAUCAACUUGAGUGGCUGUCGUCUACUGAUUGGGGACAACACAUUACCUGGGGGUGCUUGGGAUCUUCUCAAACCACAUCUGGGAGAAAUCAUGGAUUUGAAAGUGAAAUCAAUCAAUGCUCCUAAACUGGAAAUAGUGGAGUUUGUUGGUGUGAAGGGAGGUGGCGACUACCUGGAGAUGCUGCAUCAGGAAGGAGACCCAGUUCCAGUUGAGAUACUACCAACAGACACAGCUCUGUAUUGGGCAACUUCGGGCAGCACUGGCUUUUCAAAACUUGUGCCAAAGACGCAUGAAAUUUUGUUUCUCCUUGCUAGCAGUUUUACGAAGAUGUUUCAAAUCCAAAAUGAAAAUGAUGCACUGUACAGUGACCGACCUUUGGGCUGGGGAGGAGGAUGGCCUUAUGUAUUUAUUGACAUAGCAAUGCCACAGAUAUUGACGGACACAAGAGGUUCUGUCGGAGAUCAAGCACAACUUACCUUGGACAUACUACAAAAACAUAAGUGCACUGUUGCUAUAUUGACUCUAUCGUUCAUGGGGAAACUUGCAGAAAAAGCAACGUCUCUGGGAAAUACAUGUGGUCUACAACAAAGAUUGAUGUGCAUAGCAACUGGGCAACCAUUUGCCAAACAUUGCUUUAGGUUUAUUGGUAAAAUCUGUCAUUCGGUGGCGUCUGCAUACGGAAUCACAGAGGUUGGGUAUGUAUCGAGUUGUAUUUGUCAGAAGGAGGAAGACUUUGAAGACAACCUGGUUGGACGUAGCAGUCACGUGGAGGUAAAAGUGGUAGAUGAACAGUUUGAAAAUAUUGGCCCAGGCAAGGACGGGCAAGUCCUGCUUCAUGGACAAUGUGUGUUCAAGGGAUAUGUUAACAAUCCUGAAGCUACAAAAGCAGCUUUUACGGAUGACGGUUGGCUCAAAACAAAUGAUAUUGGACAUUUUGAUGAGAAGGGGCGUCUUUUUGUCGAAGGAAGACGUUCAGAUGCCAUUUUGCACGGAGAGUACAUCAUAUACCCAUCCUGGGUGGAGAAGAAGUUGAGAACAUGUCCCUAUAUUUCUGAGGUCAUGGUGGUCCCCGUUCCUCAUCCAGACAUGUGUCAUGAGGUCUGUGCCUGUGUCAUACCCAAAACAAACAUGGAUGUCACCACCAAGAUGAUCAAAGAUCACUGUGACCCAAUGUUCAUCAGCGAUUCCCUCCAUGAAAUAUCAGCCAAACCAGCCUACUAUGUUCUGGUGGAGAGUUUCCCUCUCAGACCAACAGGCAAACCUGACAGACGGGCAUUAUCAGAAACAGCGGCAAAAAUGACCUCAAUCAGACCCUAAAUUCCUGUCCAACCCGCACCAGUGGGCUGCCAUGGCAGAUGAAACUACCCUGCAGCAGGGAGAUAGCAUUUGGUACCCCUAAGAGAGUAAUUUCAUUGUGAUUUAAGGUUUAAUCAAUAUUAUUAUCCAUUUUUAGUGAAAAUAGGAGUCGAGAAAUUAAGUCAGAAUACAUUUAAGGGGAUUUAGUAUUAUGAUGAUAUUAUCACGCCAACACCAGUAUAUAUUUGUUUUGGACAGUUUCCUUCUUAACGUUCUCAAAUAUGGCUUCCCUCCCACAUUAAGCUGACACGUCGUGAUAUAACUGGAAUAAUGUUAAAAGCGCUGUUAAACCCAACUCACUCACUCACUCAAAUAUGGUUGCACAUAUUAUACUUCCUUAAGGCAGGGGUAUAAUGUUUGUCACCUCUACAGGGGUAUUUGGUAGUGGUAUUUAGGCAGUGUAUUAUCCUAAUAAUGAUAUUCAAAUAUUCACAAAUAUAGUAGUGGGGGGCACGGGUGGCCCACUCGUCUAAGGCGCCGCGAUUCACUGUGUAGAGUUGCGUCCCUUGGGCACGUCAGAAACCUAUG